AUGGCUGCUAGGCUUCCAUACGAAUGUCUUGAACUCAUUGUCGACAAUAUUCCAAAAGAUGAUAUUGCCACUCUUCAUUCUGCUCUUUUAGUGAGUAAGGCAUGGUGUAAUGUAGUAGUCAGCAUUCUGUGGAAGCAUCCAUUUGCGCUUGCAGCCGAUUUGCCUUCACAUCACAAGAUCAUCUCCGUGCUCUAUGAAAGCUUAUCUGACGAAGCAAGAGAGUCCACUAAAAUCGAUAUACCAUCGCGAAAGAAGAAUCACACGUUCUCGUACCCUUGUUUUAUUAAGGAAUUGGAUUUUGAGAACCUGUACGAUUUGGCGUUGACUUGGCGAUGUGUUGUCGAAGAGUCUAGAUUACGGGCAUGGUAUAAAUUAUAUCAAUUGGAUGAAGCAGAUGUAAAAGACAAGAAGUAUUCCAAGUUAUUGCAAGCUCUUGAAUAUGGAUGGGCUUAUGAGCAAGAUGGUGAUGAUGACGAUGACAAUGCGAGUUUACUUGCCGCCGGUAAUUCGAACAUGGAAAAAUGGUUCAGUGACGAGGAGUUUUUGCGUGAUUACAUAAGUGGUGAGCUUGGGCUUGGAGAUGUGACUGAAGAUGAAUAUGAUUUUGAAAAUGGAUCU